CGAAAUAAAAAUGAAACCAGAUCAUGACGCUAGCAAAGAUGAAGAUGUCGUCAAUGGUGAUGUGAUAGGCGACACUGUUUAUAGUGAACGUUUUGUUUUGAAAUUGUUAUUAAAGUUCGCGAACUUAGAUACACUAAAAGAUGAAGUACAAGAAAAAACGUUUGAAGAAGACUUGUGUACGUUAUGGGAUAUGACAGCCGAAAGAGAUGUGGUGCUAUUUCUCCAAAAGCAUGAUGCUUUAAGUUUGUUUAACUUCGCCUGGUCAGUUGUCGAGUCUCCUCGUAUUGUUGAAAUUCUUAUAGGGAUUAUCGGUAACAUGUGUUGCCAAAAAGAAGCGGCACAGGCACUCUUGAAAAUGGACACAUUUCUCACUUUAUUACUAGAAUACACGAAAUCUGAAGACAGCUUAAUUAUCGUCCAAUUAUUACGUCUCGUUAAUUCUAGCUUGUUUUUAGCUGAUAAUAGCUUAAUAUCAAUAUGGAUCGAACUAUUUAUUAAAAUUGGAUAUUCUAGUGCCUUAUAUUUUAUAUUGAAAAAUUCGUCUAAUAAGGAUUUAAUAUUAACGAGCUUAGAAAACUUUAACACAAUUUGCUCAUAUUGUAAUACUGACCAGCUCCGAACCCGUUUCUUUGGUCAUUUUGUUACUUCUGAAGCUAUUGAAGCUUUGUCCAUAGCAUUCACAGAGAUCACGGUCAACCAGAAAGAGUCUUGUAAUAGAGAUGAAUUAGAAAGGAUAUUUAUAAUCAGUUUGCAAAUCACACUGAAUCUAGUCGGUUUUGAUAAAUCAUAUGAGGUGUAUCAGGAUAACAAAAUUGACGCAUUAAACAUUAUUUCAGUUGUUUUCACUUAUUAUGAGAAUAAAUUUGUCAAAGAAAAAGAAAUUGAUAUGGAUCUAGUAGAUAUUAUCGAUUCAACUGUUACAAUUGUCAGAGUUCUUGAUAUUAGUAGUAUCUGCGAACACAAUCAGUAUUUCACACAGAGCUACAACAUGUGGGUAACUUUGAGUUCAAUCGACAAAACUGAUAGGAAUGGUGGGUCCAGUUUUGAAAGUGACGAUAAAGAGGAAUUAGAAGAUUUUUCGAUAAAAAUGAAAGCAUCGUUGAGCACACUCAUUUUUUACUACAUUGAUAAGUGUUCAGAUGAAAACUUGUAUAAAGCUAUGGACGAAAUUAACAAGGACUAUGAUGAAAUGUUUGGCUUAGUUGAAGAUAAGUUAUUAUCCAAGGCAGUGUCUGAUAGAGUGAGCAACUAUAGGACUAGAUUAAAAGACACGGAAAACUGCUAGUGUUUUGUGAUUUGAUACUUCAAAAUGAAAGGAUGUAGCUAUGUUUUAUUAAUAUUUAAUGUAAAAUAAAUAUUUCUUUUGUAAAUAUGCACAAUUACAAUGAUAUUUCUAUUUUA